GUAUUUAGGAACCUCGCAACUCCGCAUGAACUGCCGAAACCUUUUACUCUCUCUUCCAGUAUACUUUCAUUCACUCGUCGUCAGCAUUUCAUGAAAAUACCAUCUCUUGAGCUCUAAGUUACGAUGAAGCUCUCAGCCACCGCAAUCUUUCUCGCGGCGAUCUCGCCUGCAAUGGCCUUCGACUACACCUUGACUUGUGCCAGGGACAUGUACAUUGGCCCCGCCGCUCAGGACUAUUUCAACCGACUGUACACUCGAAUUUGUAUCGAGAGCGCAAAGUGUGCUCAUUCGGCGACCCAACCCAUUUUGGGCUCUAGAGGCGCUUUGGUCAAUGGCGGAUGUACUGGCUGUCCUGAUAACUUGAACCCCAACCUGUUCGGGAACUGCCUUUUGGCCAAAAUUAAGGACUAGAACCCCAAGCACUGAACUACGGGUUCUGCUUCACUGCGACAAGCUAUUGAACAGACAUGCUCCUCGCUAGCUUCCACGAUAGAGUUGGCAAAAGUAACGGAUCUGUCAGCCUCAUCGCGGUCAGCAAGCUUGAAACAAUCAGCACGCUUAACCAAGAAAUAGUAACUCAAAUC